AUGGAGCAGCCUCCAGCUAAUUUCAGCACCAUGAACAGCUCCCUCCACAAACAGCCUGUGUACGCAGGGGGUUUAAAGCCUUUAGAAGCCAGCGACUGGACUCUUGUAAUCCCUAGCUUGCUGCUGGUGAUUUGCUUGAUAGGAGUUGCUGGCAAUGUGUGUGUGAUAGCUAUCUUACUGCAUAAUGCUAGGAAAGCCAAGCCUUCAAUGAUCCACUCACUAAUCCUCAAUCUGAGUAUAUCAGACCUGCUCCUUCUCAUGUUCUCGGUCCCAUUCAGAGCUGCAGCCUACUUCAGGUCCACCUUGAUGACUGGUUGGUUUCUGUGCAGGACAGGAGACUGGUUCACCCAUGUCUGCAUGUCCUCCAAAAGCAUUACCAUCGCCGUGGUGGCUAGAGCCUGCUUCAUGUAUGCCUGCAACCCAGCAAAACAAGUCAACAUUAAGCAGAACGCUGUUUGUGGAGUCCUCCUCUCCAUCUGGUUGGUAUCUGCUCUCCUGCCUCUUCCAGAGUGGAUCUUCACCAUCACCAAGCCAAUUGCUGGGGAUAUGGCAUGUGUUAUGGACAUCCCUGUGCAUGCCCAUCAGAUGAUGGAGAUCUUUGUAAUCCUGUAUCCGAUAUGUAUCUAUUGUGCCCCAUUUACUAUUGCUUUCUUCUACUUUUGGAGAGCGUAUGGCCAGUGUAAACGCAGAGGAACCAAAAGUCAAAACUUAAGAAACCAGAUCAGAUCCAGAAGGCUGACCAUAAUGUUGCUCAGUGUUACUGUAACUUUUUCCAUCCUGUGGAUCCCAGAGUGGGUAGCCUGGCUUUGGGUUUGGCACCAGCAUCCCCAUGGACCUUCUCCACCUCCAGCUUUCCUGGCCGUGGCACAAAUCCUUAUGUUCUCCCUCUCGUCUAUAAACCCACUCCUAUUUCUAGUCAUGUCUGAGGAGUUCAAUGAAGGUUUCAAAGGGGUCUGGAAACAUUUAGCUUCCAAAAAAUCGGUAUCUAUGCAGGAAGCUCAAGAGGAGGGGGUUGUCCAUUCAGAUGUUGACCCAGAUGUAGCACCAUCACCAGAGCAGGCUGUCAAGAGCAGCUGCAUGGAACAAUCAUGUUCCCAACAAAAUUUUGGUAGCCAAGAGAGUAAGGAUAAUCCAGUCCUACCAGAUGUAGAACAGUUUUGGUGUGAGAGAGAAUCCCACCCAUCUGAUCAAGAUAAUGACCCCAUUCCUUGGGAACGUCAGGAAAAAGAGUCAGGAGAGUGA